AUGUUGUACCGGACGCCCAACCGAUACAGCUUCGUGCCUCUCAUAACUCUCAUCAUAUCUAUAGCAUUGGCAUUUGCUUUCAAGCAGAAGCAAAAUACAUUCCGUCUUGUGAAUCCUCUCAUCGCAUAUUCAUCAGUAAAUGAAUCAGCGUUAAAGCCCCUAUUGGGCAGACGACAACUGAAUUGGGAUGGAUUAGGAAACCGUAAUUUGUCUGCAAAUCUCGACAACACCCAGAGAUGCCCUAGUACUAGACGUACUGCACACAUUGGAAUCGUGACUGACUGCACUUACACGGCAACUUUCAACUCCACAGAAGCCGCUCGUCGCCACAUUGAAGAUAUUGUCCAUACAACCUCCGUCGUCUUCGAAACGACAUUCAAUAUCUCCCUUGAGAUUCGAAACCUUACUAUCAGUGACCCCGAAUGCCCGGCCAGUUCCUCUACCGCCACAGCCUGGAAUUCCCCCUGCUCUUCGGGAGACAUGAACUGGCGUCUUGAGAGAUUCUCCUCUUGGAGAAGCCGUAUUGAUGACAACAAUGCUUACUGGACAUUGCUGACGGGCUGUUCAUCAUCUUCUGGAGAGGUUGGCGUAUCUUGGAUCGGUGCACUAUGCAAUUCUGGCAAUUCUGGGUUUAGCUCCGUCUCUUCCGGGGUUGGCACCAACGUUGUUGCUCGCACGGAUGCUGAGUGGCAAGUCUUUGCGUGA